AUGACUCAGAAUUUUAAACCUAGUAUAGAUAUAAAUGUAUUAUAUAGAAUUAGAAAUGGUCCACUUAAAGAUUAUCAAAGUGACAUAGAUGAAUUUCAAAAGUUGAUUGCAGACAACAGAAUAAAGUAUAAUGAAAUGUUUGAUGUCGAUAUGAAAACUCAGAAGCGAUUGACAAAUGACACUGUAAAGGAGAUCUGUAAGCUUGGAAAGAUGCAAGUCCAACUUCUGAAAGACGAUCCAAAGAAGAUGUUGGCUUAUCUCUAUGCUUUGUUUGCUCAAAUUGAAUUCUCUGCGAUUGCAAAGAUCGUUAUUCACUUUCAGUUGUUUGGUGGAACCAUCCUCGAGGUUGGAACCGACUAUCAUCAUCAGAAAUAUUUCAACGACAUUAACAAUUUCAAUAUUGUCGGUGGUUUCGCAAUGACCGAAAUGGGACAUGGUUCUAACGUCAGACAGAUCGAAACAACAUCAACCUACGAUUUAACUACCAAGGAAUUCGUUAUCAAUUCACCAUCAUUAUCAAGUACCAAGUUUUGGAUUGGAAAUGUUUCAAUGUUUGGAACUCAUGUUGUUUUGUUUACUAAAUUAAUAUUCCAAGGUCAAGAUAAAGGUGUUCAUGUCAUUAUCGUACCACUUAGAGAUCCAGUAACAAUGGAAGUAUAUAAAGGUAUUCAACUUGGUGAUUGUGGACAUAAAGUUGGAUGGAAUGGUAUUGACAAUGCUUGGAUUAGAUUCACAAAUUAUAGAGUACCAAGAGAGAAUCUUUUGAAUAGAUUUGCAACAAUCACAGAGGAUGGACAAUAUUUAACAAAUAUUUCAUCACCAAACAAACUCUUCCAAAUUACUAUUUCUCAAUUGGUAUUUGGUAGAUUGCUUUACAUUUUCGGACCAACUAUAUUCUUAGCAAUUGGAUUGAAGACCGCCAUUAGAUAUGCAUUCAGUAGAAGACAAUUCGGAGAAAAAGGAAAACCAGAAGAAUUGAUUAUUGAUUAUCCAACUCAUAAUAGAGUAUUACUUCCAAUGUUGGCUACAAACAUGGUGUUUGAAUUCUCUCGUAAUUGGAUUAUCGAUAAUUUACAGGAAUCUUCGAGAAGCGAUGAGAAGCGUGAGGAGUAUCACUCGAUUGUCAGUGGUGUCAAAGCGAUGGUCUGUGAAUUCACCAUCCAGUCGGUUUCUAAACUUCGUGUAUUCUGUGGUGGCAACGGUGUUUCCUCGUACAAUUAUUUCGGUGCCAUGCGAAACGAUCUCGAUGUCUUCCAGACUGCUGAGGGUGAUGGUGCCGUACUAUACCAACAGCUCAGCAAGUUCCUGCUCUCCGAGUACAAGAAGUGGUACAAGAAGCAAGGUAUGACUGGUUACAUCAUGAAGGAGGUACAAACAUUCUUGACAACCUCCAAUCCGAUCCACACUCACUACCGUUCGAUGCCAUAUCUCCUAUCGAAUGAAUUCCAUCAUCAUGCUUUCCUCUUUAGAUUUGAAAAGACCAGAUCCAUCGUAAUCGAUCAUCUUAAUCAAUGUAAAGGAAAAGGACUUUCAUUUUUACAAUCUUGGAAUGCUUCAUUGAUUCAAGUUGUUGAUUUAGCUAAAACAUAUACACAUUUAUUCAUUUUAGAGAAUGCUCAGAGAACCAUUCAAAAAGUAACAGAUCCAAUUACUAGACACGUUUUGAAUGAUAUCGUUAGAUUAUAUGCAUUGUAUAAUAUUGAACAGGAUGUUGGAUUCUAUCGUAAUUGGAAUUAUCUUUCAUCUGGAAAGGCACUUGCCAUCUCUGAGGCAGUCGGUGAACUGUGCAACACAUUGAAACCUUAUGCACUCUCAAUUCUAGAUUCACAUAAAUUCCAUGAGGAUUCAUUGAAUAUUCCAUUGGCUAAAAAGGAUUUGGAUUAUGUUAAGCAUAUGGCCGAUCGUGUUGGUAUUCCAUACAGUAGUUUAUAA